CCCAACCCAAUCUACUACUGCGAGCACUCUGAAAAACCCAGUUGGUCCCUUCUGUAGAACCAUGCAGUAUUCUCAAGGAAAGACAUCAGCCUCAAGAAUUUUUGCUGCAGCUCUUAAUUGUCUUUCACUGGAGGAGUACAGGCCGUGUGGUCUCUUCUGCGAGUGUAAUGUGUACUUUUCUGGAAGCAGCAGAGAUAUCAAGGAAAUAGAUUCUGUGAGAAUCAACCAGAGAGACCGGUUUAGGUGUCUUAUUAUGAAUGCAGCUACACCUCCCGUAUCUUCAUGGUUUAAGGUUUUCGUCAUUGAUGAGUGCCACUUGACGUGGGCGACUAUUUUGAGUAGCAUCGAUAACCUUUCUCAAAAUGUUGUCUCUGUGAUGAUCACUCCUGAUCUGGAUAAGCUGCCGCAUUCAAUAUCACGGUCCCAGAGAUAUCACUUCCCAAAGAUUAAGGAUGGUGAUAUUGCAAGCAAGUUGGGAAAAAUUUGUGUUGAAGAGGGUCUUGAGUUUGAUCAGGUUGCUUUAAACUUCAUCGCUGCCAAAUCAAAUGGUUCACUUAGGGAUGCAGAGAUGACGCUUGAUCAGCUAAGUUUGCUUGGUAAAAAAAUCACAAUGGGCUUGGCAUACGAGCUUAUUGGAGCUGUUUCUGAUGAUGAAUUACUCGAUUUGCUAGAUCUGGCAUUGUCAUCUGACACUUCUAAUACAGUUUUAAGGGCCUGGGAGUUGAUGAGAUCAAGGAUUGAUCCGAUGCAACUUAUAUCGCAGUUGGCAAAUCUUAUUAUGGACAUCCUUGCUGGUGAGGAAGGUGGUUCUGAAGUCCAGAAACAGUUCUCUCGUAGGCAUACCUCUGAAAUGGACCUCCAGAAACUGAGUCAUGCAUUGAAAAUAUUCUCUGAAAUUGAGAAGCAAUUAAGGGUAUCCAAGAAUCAAACAACAUGGCUUACUGCAGCUCUAUUGCAGCUAAGCUCUGCGGAGUCCUCCUCCUCAUUGGAUGCUAGUGAUACAAAGAGGCAGAGCUUCAAGAUUCUUGACCCUACUUCAUGCAAUGUCAACACUUCAGACAAGUUGGGAAUGCAAAAGGAUAUUGAUGAACAGUUGGAAUCCGUAUGGAAGAGAGCUAUAGAUUUAUGCCAAUCCAAGUCAUUCAAGAACUUUUUGAGGAAACAAGGAAGAUUGUCGUCUCUAUUUGUGAAUCAAGGUCUCGCUAUAGCUGAAUUGGAAUUCUGCCACCCUGAUUAUGUAUCCAAGGCUGAGAAGUCAUGGAAAAUCAUUGCAAGUGCACUCCAAUCUCUAUUCGGUUGUAAUGUGGAGAUCAGGAUCAAUCUUGUACGUGCUACCGAGUCAAAGUAUGCAAACGUGAAGAAGCCAUCUUUUAGGUUGUUCAGCUGUUCCCGCAGAAUGCAACAAAAGUCACCAUCUUUCUGUGAGCGCGGAAGUGGUUCAGACUACUCUUUAGUACACAUCGGAAAAGCCUAUAUUAAGUGAUGGACGUAUUUUACCGUGUUCCUGUGAUUGUGCUUCUCAACUGCCACAUAACUGCUGUGACAAAAUGGUGGUUGUAAGCACAUCGAGAAAUAGUGAAUUAGUUAACGUACUGAGCACAAGAGCGGCCUCAUGCCGCAGAUCGUUUGAAGACGAUACACCAAAGGCACCUGGAUUAAUGUUUGAUUCUUCAAAGGAAGAGGGAAGCAACCAGGACUGCCAGGUUUUAUCUUUUCAUCAACCUGAACAUCAACCAAGGUGUUUCCCGAGAACUCUGAGGAUUCAAAAGAAGUUGUGUUCCACAGUUGCUACUCAGGUGACUUGUUGCACCAAACUACAAAACAAGUUUGCAAUCCCAACUGUACAUCUUUUGACGCCUGUCUUUUGGGAAGCGAUUCAUAUGCUUUCUGCAGCGGCUCUGACAAUGGGAACAACGCCGGCAACUAUAAGGAGGAGUUGAAGGAAAAUUCAGGUGUGCUUUGUUGGAAAACCCUGCUUUCCUCAAGAAAGGAUUGGUAACUGAGGCAACAACAGCAAAAUUUGAAACUAGUUGGGUGGGUUCUUCCAUGUGCAACUGCUUAGGCUUAGUAGUUAUGCUGAAAAAAGUAGCUUAUAUGCUUUAGGACCUUCAAAGGAAUUCAUACCUCAGGAGCAUUAU